CUCAUCCCAUGUUCAGCGUUGACGUGUACUAGCCAUGAAUAUUCCUUACGUGGCAUUAAAUGCUGCAAGAUGUGCGGUCCUGGGGAGGAAAUACAAUACCGCUGCAAAGAGACAACAGAAACAGUGUGUAAACCCUGCCAGGAUGGGUACUAUAAGACUGAGUACAGCGAGGGAGACUGCAAGACCUGCAAAAUCUGUAACAUCAAAAAGGGCACCACAGAAGUGAAGAAGUGCGACAAGACCUCUGAUAGAGUGUGCAUGUGCACCAAAGGCUUCGAGCCCAGCAGGUUCAUGGCAGAUGGCACAGCUCCAUCGGCAUGCUCAGCUUGUUCUGCUGGGUCUUUUUCCAAAGGAGAAAAUAGCAAAUGUCACCCCUGGACCAACUGCACAGCGUCUGGUAGGACGAUUCUGCGGGGGGGGUCAGAUAAAGAGGAUGUUAUCUGCGGUGACCAGAAGAAAGAGGUGACCACAAUUCAGAGACCAGCAUCCACUUCGCAUAUCUCCGUCACCACCCACAAAAAUAGCACGUUGUUAACAGCACUCGCGACUCCCAGACCCAAAAACACACUUUCCAUUCCUCCCAUUCAUUGGGGAGAUCAACCAACUGGGAUCACAGAGCCAACCAACUGGGGGCCUUUAUCGCUCAUCCUUAUUUGCUUGACAUUGCUCAUGGUAUCAGGAAUGUCUAUUCUCCUACUGAUUAUUCAGGCAACUGGAAAGGGGAGGAAGAAGAAGCUGCAGCCUGCUGAGAAUGAUCAGCGGAAAGGAAGGAGCUGUCGCAUUCCUAUCCAGGAGGAACAAAUUGACUCCAAUUCCAGCCUGAUCAAAAACUGAGUCCCCAUCAAACUAUCACGUACUGCAUUUCUGAGCCAAGCAACAUUAACC